CGGGCAACCGGCGCCAGGGCUGCUGCUGUGCGCGGGGCACUCCGAUCUGCAGGCACCAUGGGGAAGGGGAAGAACCAGGGUGAGGGGGCUCCCGAUCGCGAGGCGCCUAUGCCCACCUUCAGCUGGGAGGAGAUUCAGAAGCACAACCUGCGCACGGACAAGUGGCUCGUCAUCGCCCGCAAGGUCUACAACAUCACCAAGUGGUCCAGCCGGCACCCGGGGGGCCACCGCGUGAUCGGGCACUACGCGGGGGAAGACUCCACGGAUGCCUUCCAAGCCUUCCACCGUGACCUUGAUUUUGUGCGCAAGUUCUUGAAGCCCCUGCUGAUCGGCGAGCUGGCGCCGGAGGAACCCAGCCAGGACCGCGGCAAGAAUUCCCAGAUCACCGAGGACUUCCGCGCCCUGAGGAAGACGGCCGAGGACAUGAACCUGUUCAAGAGCAACCACCUGCUCUUCCUCCUCCUGCUGGCCCACAUCAUCGUCAUGGAGAGCCUCGCCUGGUUCACCAUCUUCUACUUCGGCAACGGCUGGAUCCCGACCUUCAUCACGGCUUUUGUCCUCGCUACCUCGCAGGCCCAGGCCGGCUGGCUGCAGCACGACUAAGGCCACCUCUCUGUCUACAAGAAGUCCACGUGGAACCACAUCGUCCACAAGUUCGUCAUCGGCCACUUGAAGGGUGUCUCUGCCAACUGGUGGAACCAUCGCCACUUCCAGCAUCACGCCAAGCCCAACAUCUUCCAGAAGGACCCGGACGUGGACAUGCUGCACCUCUUGCUGGGCGAGGGGCAGCCCAUUGAAUACCGCAAGAAGAAGCUGAAAUACCUGCCCUACAACCACCAGCACAGGUACUUCUUCCUGAUUGGGCCGCCGCUGCUCAUCCCCCUGUACUUCCAUUACGAGAUCAUCAGGACCAUGAUCGUCCGCAAAGACUGGGUGGACUUGGCCUGGCCCAUCAGCUACUACGCCCGCUACUUCGCCACCUACGUCCCUUUCUACGGCGUCCUGGGAGCCAUCCUCUUCCUCAACUUCAUCAGGUUCCUGGAGAGCCACUGGUUUGUGUGGGUCACGCAGAUGAAUCACAUCGUCAUGGACAUUGACCGAGAGCCCUACCGUGACUGGUUCAGCAGCCAGUUGGUAGCCACCUGCAACGUGGAGCAGUCCUUCUUCAACGACUGGUUCAGCGGGCACCUCAACUUCCAGAUCGAGCACCACCUCUUCCCCACAAUGCCCCGGCACAGCUUCCACAAGGUGGCCCCGCUGGUGAGGUCGCUGUGCGCCAAGCACGGCAUCGAGUACCAGGAGAAGCCGCUGCUGAGGGCCUUGCAGGACAUCGUCGGGUCCCUGAAGAAGUCCGGGGAGCUGUGGCUGGACGCCUACCUCCACAAGUAACACCACAGCCUGCGGGCGUCGUGGGAGGGGGGAGCAGCUGCGGGGCAGGGACAAGCCCAGCGUGGGAGCUGUGGCCAGCCCCAGCCGGGAGGGACCAGUAUCCCCCGGUUGCCGUGGCAACGUGGCCGGAGGAGCUGCUGUCCCUUCGAGGCAGAUGGAUCCGUAAGGAACUGGUCUUA